AUGAGCACUUCCAAAAAAUCUGUUCUCAAAUGUAAAAUAGAUACUUAUAUUGAAGACCUUAGAUCAAUUGAUUUGUUUGGGUAGAAUAUUCUUCUCAAUCUCAACGGGGAAGAUCAAUAUAAAACAGGAUGCGGAGGUAUGAUGACUCUAGUUAUAUUGGCAAUCGUUGUGUUAUUCUUUUAAUCCAACAUAAAAGAUUUUGUCAACAAAGUAAACAUUCAAAGUGAGAGCAAUCAAGCCUUUGAAGAUCAGCCAGAUUAAAUAUAUCUAAACGAUACUAAUUUCAUGUUUGCAGUAGCUAUCGAAUAACCAAAUUUCAAUUCCAAUCCAUUUUUCAAUGUGACUCUGUCAGCAAGGUAUCUUAAAUUUUUAUUGAGAUAAUACGAACGAUUGGGGAAUGGCUCACUCUCCAAGUAGGAAUCCUUGAUUGAUCUUGUUCCUUGCUCUGUUGAAAGAUUCCAACAGGUCUUCAAUUCCUAUGGAUAGAAUUUUACUCAACAAUACAAUGAGAUCGGUUUAGACACCUGGUUGUGUCCAUAGUAUGUAAUAUUUCUAUACUCAGAUUGAAUUACUCAUUUACUCUGAAAGGGAGGUAUACGAAUAAAUUUUUUGAUUUUGCAAAAUUGACUGUUACUCAAUGUAGUAACCAUUCUCAGGCGAAUUCUUUCUAUUCUUGGUAGCCUACAUGUGCCUCGAAUGAAGAGAUUUAGCAUUGGCUUAUGCAACAAAGAUAAUAUAGAAUUAAAAUGUAUUAACUCAUUUUUAUAUAUAGAUACAUCACAAAUUAAAUGGUAAGCCCAUUGAAGGGUGAUAACUAUGUUUAAUCAUUUUUGGAUGACGAAUUGUUUUUCUCCUUCAUCCCCCAAGUGAUCGGUAAGGAGGCAGACGUGUUUUUUACUAAAUAUCUUAUGAAAACGGAUGAUAAUUUAUUACCGACUGGAAAUGCUUUUGAUACAAAAGAGGUAUUCGCAAAAGAGUCCGGAGAUUAUAGAGAUCAAAACAGCUAUGCAAGUGACACAUAUGCAUCCAUCUAUCUCAGAAGAUCCCCCUACACUACCUACAUAUCAAGGUCCUAUUAAAAAUUGGACAAGCUCCUCUCCAUUUUAGGAGGAUUUGCUAAUAUUGUCUUCGUUGUUUUGGGAUUCUUUGUGGCCAUAUAUAAUAAAUAAUUAUGUAAUCUUUUUCGAUUCAUCCUCAUUAGACUUAAUCGAAUUGGCUAAUCAAAUAUACGACUUUAAUCCCAAAAAGGAAACAUAAGAGAAAUUUGAAAGACAAAGAUUGGUCCAAGAUAUAACUUAACUGAAAUCUCAAAACUUGGUUUUGAAUCGAUGUAGUCCCAUUUCUUCUGUCAACACUGCAAAGGCAUAAAUGGACAAGAAUCUGAAAUUAACCUUUCGAUAAACCUUCUCUUAGAAGUUCGACUACAUUUCUGGAAUUCAAACUCAGAAAGAUGACUCAUACAAAAUGGUAUUGAGCAGUCAUCGACAGCCAGUCGGAGACAAAGAAGUCGAAUGGCAGAGUGCAGAUGCCAUAGAUAUCUAAAAUAAUCAUUUGCUAAAUGCGUCUGAUUUGGUUAAGGAGAAUGCAAUAUAGGAUCAGGAGGAUCAAAGAGUAUCCAAAGAUAAGACUGAUAUGUUUAAGAAAAAAUCAAUCAAAUAAAUUCAAUAAAGCAUAGUCAGUAAAUUGGGUCAUCGCAAUCGGAAGGAGUUUCUGACCAAGCAAAUUUAAGCUAUGCUUGAUCGUAGUAGACCCAUUGUCUUUACUUUUAAAUUCUUAUUACAAUAGUUGUUCUGUGGCAAAUUCUUUCAGGAUCACAACUCAAUUCUUUUAAAUAAGGCUAUGUAUGAAAUAUCAUUAAGAUAGCCAAAAAAUAAAUUAGGACAUUGACAUCUGUGUAUUGAUCGACAAAGUCAAGGAAAUUGAAUUGAUUAAAGAGUUGCUCUUAAACAAGGAUCAGAAGAUUUUGUUUAAUUUCGCUCCCAAAGAAGUAAUUUCUAUUGAAAAUGAGCGUUCCCUCCCUGGAAGAAGAGAGAAUAAGUAAUUAAUUCCAUCUAGACUUGCAUAGACGAGCCUAUACGAAGACACUGGGAGUUCAAUUUGGAGAUGUGGCCAAAAUGAUGUUGGACAAAAAGUUUAAAAAAGGAUAGUUUGUCACUCCAGGAAUGCGAAUCUAUUAUAAACUCUAUUCAGCUUAUGAGAGGGUUGCAUUAUCAGAAGAAAAAAACAAUCCCUUUAACAAAGUUCUGAUUGAGAAACUUGGUUAGGAAGUCAAAGAAGUAUUUGACAUCUCCAAUUACAUUCAAGGAGAUUAAACUAAUAAAGUUAUUGAAAAACUUAAAAAGAAGAAAACAAAUUUUUAAGAUGAAGAAUAACCUAUUGGAAUAACAAGUAUGGAAUACAAAGAUUAGAAGUAAUCUAUGAUUAAAUGA